CCUCCCCAAAGUGAUGUCCUUCUCUCUGAAUUCCUAGAAAUUGGAAGCCAUGGCUGAAAGCCAGACAAACCCUAAACCAAAAGAAAUCUCCCCGGACGCCAAAACCCUCCUCCAAAUCAUUUCCGCCACCGCCCCCCACGCCCUCGCCGCCGCUCUCUCCGCCACCGCCAUCCCCCCAACCCCGGACGUCGUCCAAGACGUCCUCCGCCUUUCCUACUCCAACCCCUCAGCUGCCGUCGAGUUCUUCCGUUGGGCGGGCCUCACGCGUAAGCACUCCGCUCACUCAUGGAACCUCAUCGUCGACCUACUCGGUAAGAACUCCAAGUUCGAGCCCAUGUGGGACGCAAUUCGGUCCAUGAGGAAUGAGGGUGCGUUGUCGUUGUCCGCUUUUAUUUCUGUUUUCGGAAGCUAUUGCUCCGUCGGCAGGGUUAAUGAGGCGAUUAUGAGCUUUGAGGUUAUGGACAGGUAUGGAAUUCCACCGGAUGUGGCAGCAAUGAAUGCUCUAUUAAGUGCCAUUUGCUGCGAGGGUGGCUCAACUACACUGGCGCUUGAAUUCUUUGAGAAAAUCAAAGUGAAGAUUACACCAGAUGGUGAUACUUUCAUGAUCUUGUUGGAGGGGUGGGAGAGAGAAGGCAAUGUGACAAAGGCGAAGAGUACUUUUGGGGAAAUGGUGGUUCGACUUGGUUGGAGUCCGCAAAAUAUGGUGGCUUACAACUCGGUUUUGAUGACACUUGUUCGAGGAAUGGAGGUGGAGGAGGCAAUCAAGUUUCUUCUAGUGAUGAAAGGGAAGGGUUGCUUGCCAGGUUUGAAAUUCUUCUCUAAUGCUCUUGAUGUUCUCCUUAAGCAGAAUGAUUCAACUCAUGCAAUUGCUUUGUGGGACAUAAUGUUGGAUGGUGGUUUCAUGCCAAAUUUGAUGAUGUACAAUACCAUAAUUGGUAUACUCUGCAAUGCUGGUGAUGCUGAUAACGCAUUUCGGUUUUUGGAUGAGAUGGUUUUCUAUGGUGUGUUUGCUGAUUCUUUCACGUAUAACAUGAUUUUUCAAUGUCUUGUUAAGCAUAAGAAGGUUCAUGAAGCGGGAAAGUUCUUCAUUGAAAUGAUCAAGAAUGAAUGUCCUCCAAUGCCUUCUAAUUGUGCUGCUGCUAUUGCAAUGUGUUUUGAUGGUGAUGACCCGGAGAUGGCAAUUGAGAUUUGGAGCUAUAUGAUUGAGAACUCACUCUCUCCUGUUGACGAGAGUGCAAAUGCAUUGCUUAUUGGGCUUUGUAAUUUGCGUAGGUUCUCUGAUUACAGGAGGUUUGCAGAAGAUAUGCUUGAUAUGAAGAUUAAAAUUCAUGAGUCAACCAUGGAAAAACUGAAGAAUGCACGCUACAAAGAUGGUAGAAGUGCAAGAGAUACAUGUGAUAGUUUAUGGAAAAGAUGUUAUGAUUGGAAAAACUCAACAAAGAAACAAGUUUGUGAUGUUUUUGAGUAUUAUUUGGUUGCAUUUAUGGAAUGCGUAAUUCUUUUUUGUAUGAAGUAAUCAUUGCUGUCCAGGGUAUGGCAAUUUGAAUCUGAAGGGAUGAUGCAUUGCGUUUCAGCUUAAGGGAUGAGUUCUACAUGAGUUGGGAAUUCUGUUGAUCAUCGGUUCUGGUCAUAUCAUGACCAUGAAUCAGAAAUAAUCUUGAAUUGCAGAGAGACUAAAGCUUUUCCCUGCUUGUAUCAUCUUUUCUACAUGGGCGAAACAGGUGCCUCGAAUUUUUUAGAACCUUGUGAAUCUGUGAUGGAUGGUUUCUGAAAACAAUUGGUGGGGGUAGGGGGGAAGAAUGCGGCUUUCAUUUUCGGUUUGCUUGUAAGGUAAGUAAGCAAAAAUUGAUGAGUCUGGGAGAGUAGUAUGUACAUUGCCAUGGCAGGAAGCUCCAGGAGUUACGGGAAGAGGUAUCUUGAUCUUCUGGAAGGUAACUGCAGUCAUCUUCUUCAAUUAAUUGUUGGUUGGAUUCAUGACCCAAGUCGAAAACCUUUUCAGGGUUUGCUAUUUACUACAGACUGUAGCCCUGAAAAGGAAUGCUUGUGAGCACAGAAAACACUGAUUAAAACAUCUUUCUGAAAUGAUAGCUGCAGAGACAGGUAAAAUAAUGGAAAUUGCAGGCACUGGUGUUAGGUUUUCUGCUUCUGCUGCUGCUGCUCCAGUUCCACAGCAAUGGUUGCAUAAUAUGGUGUCUAUGGAGGCAUUGUGGGGGCAGGAAAAGAGAUCAGAUCAAGAGGACUUUGAUCGAUUGUGGCAACCGGGUAAGAAUCUUGAUUGCCAGUUUUUCUGUUUGCUGAUGAGAAUGAUGAUAUAGCAAUAUGGAUGAAUGUUUUGGAUCAUUUGGUUAGGGAAAAUGCUAUAAAUUUGUAUGUCUUUCUUGUUACUCUGUGUUUUUGAGAGAGCAAUUGAUGGUUUUGGAUGGUUUUUGUUGCUUCUACCUUGAGAUUUGGUAUAUGUUCAUGGUUGUAAUUAGAAAAAUUGAUUGAGAUUAUUGUUUAGUCUUCUUCUGUCU